AUGCACCUGCUGGUACGAUCAGACAGCCUCGGUACGAGGAGAUCUCACGGGUGGACUAUAACUUUAUCCUGACUGCUGCUGCUGCUGCUGUGAUAGGGUUCUAGCCGGUUCUACCCUUACCUGUCCUAAUGUUACCUGUCCCAUUCCAGGCACGACCAGACAGCCUCGCGACGGGGAGAUAUCAGGGGUGGAUUACAACUUUGUCUCCGUAGAAGAGUUCUUUUCCCUGGAAGAGUCUGGAGCCCUGCUGGAGAGUGGCAAGUUCAAGAGUGAGUAGUAAACGGAGUACAUCGUUUUUUUUUAAUGGGCUCCAUAAAAUGAUUUGUGUAAUGCUGACUGCAAUUCAAAUAGCGGACGAAUGUUAUCGCAGAGAAAAGUUUUAGUGUUCGGCUCUCAUAGACAUUUAUUCCUUUUAAGUUUGCAUUUGUUCCACUUCAUUUACUCAAUGUCUCCGUAUUCCAUUUGAAGUACUGUGUGUGUGUGUGUGUGUGUGUGUGUGUGUGUGUGUGUGUGUGUGUGUGUGUGUGUGUGUGUGUGUGUGUGUGUGUGUGUGUGUGUGUGUGUGUGUGUGUGUGUGUGUGUGUGUGUGUGUGUGUGUGUGUGUGUGUGUGUGUGUGUGUGUGUGUGUGCGUCUUGUGAUGUACUGUAUGCUUUAAUUUAUAAUUUAAUGUAAAUAUUCACACAGUUCAAGUUUAGUCAACGUUUUAUUUACAUUUUUUUUUGCAACUCUCAAAUUCAUAGACAGAGCUAUGGGCUGGAUCCACUUCCCACUGAUGGUUAAACACACUUGACUGUUCCCUCUCUCUCCUUACCUAUCAGGUAACUACUAUGGGACGCCCCGCCCAGUCCACAUCGGCCCAGAGAGCCCACCAAUCACGUACCAGGAACACCGGAACCUGCUCCGGAACUUCAGGACGCGCAGCAAGUCGCUAAGCAACCUAGAAAAGGCUGUAGAGGAGGGAGAGAACAGUGAGGAAGACUCUGGACUGUCAGGUAUAAUUACACACACACACAUCUAUUAUAAUAUCAUACAUCUAUUUAUCAGGUAUUAGCUACUACUACACUCAGGGGACAUUACAUACACACGAUAGCUACUGUAUCUAUUAAGUCUAGUCGUACACCAACCACUGCCCAGACAGUGAGAAUAUCCCCUAACAAGUCAACCGCUGCCCAGACAGUGAGAAUAUCCCCUAAUAAGUCAACCACUGCCCAGACAGUGAGAAUAUCCCCUAAUAAGUCAACACCUGGGUCAUGUUCAGUAGGGCAGUAGCAAAUCAAAAUGUUUUGAAACAGAGAACAAAUAUCAUCUCUGCGUUGCGUGCCUACUAUGGGGUAUUAUGGAGUAUGAUGACCCAGAGCAGAGCUGAGAAGUGGGAAGGGAUCCAUCCACAGGAUAAAGACUGAGGCUAUGUCCCAAAAGGCACCCUAUUCCCUAAGGGGAACUACCUUUUGACCAGGGCCAAUGAUCUGGUCAAAAGUAGUGCACUAUGUAAAUAGGGUGCCAUUUGGGACUCAGACUGACUAAGGACAGACAUCUGUUUACAUCUGGAACUUGAUUGGAGAUUACAGUGUCCUGAGUUAAAGGACUAUUUUAAGAAUGUGUGUGUGUGUGUGUUUCUCUGUGUGUCUGUGUGUGUGUGUGUGUGUGUGUGUGUGUGUUUCUCUGUGUGUGUGUGUGUGUGUGUGUGUGUGUGUGUGUGUGUUUCUCUCUGUGUGUUUCUCUGUGUGUGUGUGUGUGUGUGUUUCUCUCAGUGUGUGUGUGUGUGUGUGUGUGUUUCUCUGUGUGUGUUUCUCUGUGUGUGUUUCUCUGUGUGUGUGUGUGUGUGUGUGUGUGUGUGUGUGUUUCUCUGAGUGUGUUUCUGUGUGUGUGUGUGUGUGUGUGUGGUUCUCUCUGUGUGUGUGUGUUUCUCUGUGUAUGUGUCUGUCUGUAUACAAUUGAAGUUGGAAGUUUACCUACACCUUAGCCAAAUACAUUUAAACUCAGUUCUUCCCAAUUCCUGACAUUUUAUCCUAGUAAAAAUUCCCUGCCUUAGGUCAGUUAGGAUCACCACUUUAUUUUAAGAAUGUGAAAUGUCAGAAUAAUAGUAUAGAGAAUUAUUUAUUUCAGCUUUUAUUUCUUUCAUCACAUUCCCAGUGGGUCAGAAGUUUACAUACACUCAAUUAGUAUUUGGUAGCAUUGCCUUUAAAUUGUUUAACUUAGGUCAAACAUGUCGGGUAGCCUUCCACAAGCUUCCCACAAUAAGUUGGGUGAAUUUUGGCCCAUUCCUCCUGACAGAGCUGGUGUAACUGAGUCAGGUUCGUAGGCCUCCUUGCUCACACAUGCUUUUUCAGUUCUGCCCACACAUUUUCUAUAGGAUUGAGGUCAGGGCUUUGUGAUGGCCACUCCAAUACCUUGACUUUGUUGUCCUUAAGGCAUUUUGCCACAACUUUGGAAGUAUGCUUGGGGUCAUUGUCCAUUUGGAAGACCCAUUUGCGACCAAGCUUUAACUUCCUGACUGAUGUCUUGAGAUGUUGCUUCAAUAUAUCCACAUAAUUUUCCUUCCUCAUGAUGCCAUCUAUUUUGUGAAGUGCACCAGUCCCUCCUGCAGCAAUGCACCCCCACAGCAUGAUGCUGCCACCCCCGUGCUUCACGGUUGGGAUGGUGUUCUUCGGCUUGCAAGCAACCCCCUUUUUCCUCCAAACAAAACGAUGGUAUUUUUAGCCAAACAGUUAUAUUUUUGUUUAAUCAGACCAGAGGACAUUUCUCCAAAAAGUACGAUCUUUGUCCCCAUGUGCAGUUGCAAACCGUAGUCUGGCUUUUUUAUGGUGGUUUUGGAGCAGUGGCUUCUUUCUUGCUGACCGGCCUUUCAGGUUAUGUUGAUAUAGGACUCGUUUUACUGUGGAUAUAGAUACUUUUGUACCUGUUUCCUCCAGCAUCUUCACAAGGUACUUUGCUGUUGUUCUGGGAUUGAUUUGCAAUUUUCGCACCAAAGUACGUUCAUCUCUGGGAGACAGAACGCGUCUCCUUCCUGAGCGGUAUGAUGGCUGCGUGGUCCCAUGGUGUUUAUACUUGCGUACUAUUGUUUGUACAGAUGAACGUGGUACCUUCAGGCGUUUGGAAAUUGCUCCCAAGGAUGAACCAGACUUUUCUUUCUGAGGUCUUGGCUGAUUUCUUUUGAUUUUCCCAUGAUGUCAAGCAAAGAGGCACUGAGUUUGAAUGUAGGCCUUGAAAUACAUCCACAAGUACACCUCCAAUUGACUCAAAUGAUGUCAAUUAGCCUAUCAGAAGCUUCUAAAGCCAUUACAUAGUUUUCUGGAAUUUCCCAAGCUAUUUAAAGGCACAGUCAACUUAGUGUAUGUAAACUUCUGACCCACUGGAAUUGUGAUACAGUGAAUUAUAAGUGAAAUAAUCUGUCUGUAAACAAUUGUUGGAAAAAUUACUUGUGUCAUGCACAAAGUAGAUGUCCUAACCGACUUGCCAAACAAGAAAUUUGUGGAGUGGUUGAAAAACGGGUUUUAUUGACUCCAACCUAAGUGUAUGUAAACUUCCGACUUACAUUUACAUUUUAUCAGACGCUCUUAUCCAGAGCGACUUACAGGAGCAAUUAGGGUUAAGUGCCUUGCUCAACGGCACAUUGACAGAUUUUUCACCUAGUCGGCUUGGGGAUUAGAACCAGCGACCUUUCGGUUACUGGCACAACGCUCUUAACCACUAAGCUACCUGCCGCCUGUAUGUGUGUGUUGUCUUGGCAGGAGGUUCAGGGGGCAUUAGCAGCGUCCCGGCCACAACGCUAGCUCUCAGCCAAUCCUGGGACUCAAAGGACGGCGUGGGAGCGGAGAACGGAGGGAGUAGCAUCGCCACACGAGGAGGAGGGGCACUGCCCGAGAACUGGGAGCUGGCCUUCAGCGACUCAGGAGAGCCUUACUACAUAGAGUGAGUAGAGAGAGAGGAGCUUUACUACAUAGAGUGAGUAGAGAGAGAGUAGAUCUUAGAGUGAGUAGAGAGAGAGUAGAUCUUAGAGUGAGUAGAGAGAGAGAGUAGAUCUUAGAGUAGAGGAGAGUCUUAUAGAGUAGAGAGAGAGAGUAGAUCUUAGAGUGAGUAGAGAGAGAGGAGUCUUUACUAGAUAGAGUGAGUAGAGAGAGAGAGUAGAUCUUAGAGUGAGUAGAGAGAGAGUAGAUCUUUACUAGAUAGAGUGAGUAGAGAGAGAGAGUAGAUCUUAGAGUGAGUAGAGAGAGAGUAGAUCUUAGAGUGAGUAGAGAGAGAGAGUAGAUCUUAGAGUGAGUAGAGAGAGAGGAGAUCUUACUAUAGAGUGAGUAGAGAGAGAGUAGAUCUUAGAGUGAGAGAGAGAGAGUAGAUCUUUAUAGAUAGAGGAGUAGAGAGAGAGAGUAGAUCUUAGAGUGAGUAGAGAGAGAGAUCUUAGAGUGAGUAGGAUAAUGUAGAUCUAGAGUGAGUAGAGAGAGAGAGUAGAUCUUAUAGAGUGAGUAGAGAGAGAGUAGAUCUUAGAGUGAGUAGAGAGAGAGUAGAUCUUAGAGUGAGUAGAGAGAGUAGAUCUUAGAGUGAGUAGAGAGAGAGUAGAUCUUAGAGUGAGUAGAGAGAGAGAAGAGAUCUUAGAGUGAGUAGAGAGAGAGUAGAUCUUUACUAGAUAGUAAGGAGAGAAGAUGAGAGAGAGAGUAGAUCUUAGAGUGAGUAGAGAGAGAGGAGUCUUAAUGAUAGAGAGAGUUUAGAGUAGUAGAGAGAGAGUAGAUCUUAGAGUGAGUAGAGGAGAGAGUAGAUCUUAAAUGAGUAGAGAGAGUCUAGAGUAAGAGAGAGAUUAGAUCUGUAGAGUGAGUAGAGAGAGGAGAUCUUUACUACAUAGAGUGAGUAGAGAGAGAGUAGAUCUUAGAGUGAGUAGAGAGAGAGGAGAUCUUUACUAGAUAGAGUGAGUAGAGAGAGAGUAGAUCUUAGAGUGAGUAGAGAGAGAGAGAGAUCUUAGAGUGAGUAGAGAGAGAGAGUAGAUCUUAGAGUGAGGAGAGAGAGAGGAGAUCUUUACUAGAUAGAGUGAGUAGAGAGAGAGUAGAUCUUAGAGUGAGGAGAGAGAGAGGAGAUCUUUACUAGAUAGAGUGAGUAGAGAGAGGAGUAGAUCUUAGAGUGAGUAGAGAGAGAGGAGAUCUUAGAGUGAGUAGAGAGAGAGUAGAGCUUUACUAGAUAUAGUGAGUAGAGAGAGAGGAGUGAGUGGUGUGAGAGUGAAGUCAUGAAGAUAUGGUGUGGUAUGAGGUACAGGUUAUUGUGAUGAUGAUGAUGAUGAUGAUGAUGCUUAUUAACUCUUCCUCCCCUCAGUCAUAUCUCUAAGACCACCAGCUGGCUGGACCCCAGAGCUCAGAGCAGGGAGAUCCUCAGCAAAACAGAGUGUGAGUCUCCAUACCCCUAGCCUUCUGUGUGUGUCUCUUAGUUCCACCUUUCUAUCUACCCACUUUACCCUGUCAGCUCCUCUUAAACCCACUCUACCCUGUCAGCUCCUCUUAAACCCAACUCUACCCUGUCCAGCUCCUCUUAAACCCCACUCUACCCUGUCCAGCUCCUCUUAAACCCACUCUACCCUGUCAGCUCCUCUUAAACCCACUCUACCCUGUCAGCUCCUCUUAAACCCACUCUACCCUGUCAGCUCCUCUUAAACCCACUCUACUGUCAGCUCCUCUUAAACCCACUCUACCCUGUCAGCUCCUCUUAAACCCACUCUACCCUGUCAGCUCCUCUUAAACCCACUCUACCCUGUCAGCUCCUCUUAAACCCACUCUACCCUGUCAGCACCUCUUAAACCCACUCUACCCUGUCAGCUCCUCUUAAACCCACUCUACCCUGUCAGCUCCUCUUAAACCCACUCUACCCUGUCAGCUCCUCUUAAACCCACUCUACCCCUGUCAGCUCCUCUUAAACCCACUCUACCCUGUCAGCUCCUCUUAAACCCACUCUACUGUCAGCUCCUCUUAAACCCACUCUACCCUGUCAGCUCCUCUUAAACCCCUCUACGUCACCCCUCUUAAACCACUCUACUGUCCCAGCUCCUUAACCCACUACCUGUCAGCUCCUCUUAAACCCACUCUACCCUGUCAGCUCCUCUUAAACCCACUCUACCCUGUCAGCUCCUCUUAAACCCACUCUACCCUGUCAGCUCCUCUUAAACCCACUCUACCCUGUCAGCUCCUCUUAAACCCAUCUCUACUGUCAGCUCCUCUUAAACCCACUCUACUGUCAGCUUCUCUUAAACCCACUCUACCCUGUCAGCUCCUCUUAAACCACUCUACUGUCAGCUCCUCUUAAACCCACUCUACCCUGUCAGCUCCUCUUAAACCCACUCUACUGUCAGCUCCUCUUAAACCCACUCUACCUGUCAGCUCCUCUUAAACCCACUCUACCCUGUCAGCUCCUCUUAAACCCACUCUACUGUCAGCUCCUCUUAAAAACCCACUCUACCUGUCAGCUCCUCUUAAACCCACUCUACCCUGUCAGCUCCUCUUAAACCCACUAUCCUGUCAGCUCCUCUUAAACCCACUCUACCCUGUCAGUCCUCUUAAAACCCACUCUACCCUGUCAGCUCCUCUUAAACCCACUCUACCCUGUCAGCUCCUCUUAAACCCCACUCUACCCUGUCAGCACCUCUUAAACCCACCUCUACCCUGUCAAGCUCCUCUUAAACCCACUCUACUGUCAGCUCCUCUUAAACCCACUCUACUGUCAGCUCCUCUUAAACCCACUCUACCCUGUCAAACUCCUCUUAAACCCCACUCUACCCUGUCAGCUCCUCUUAAACCCACUCUACUGUCAGCUCCUCUUAAACCCACUCUACCCUGUCAGGCUCCUCUUAAACCCACUCUACCUGUCAGCUCCUCUUAAACCAACUCUACCCUGUCAGCUCCUCUUAAACCCACUACUGUCAGCUCCCCUUAAACCCACUCCACCCUGUCAGCUCCUCUUAAACCCACUCUACCCUGUCAGCUCCUCUUAAACCCACUCUACCCUGUCAGCUCCUCUUAAACCCACUCUUACCAUGUCAGCUCCUCUUAAACCACUCUACUGUCAGCUCCUCUUAAACCCACUCUACCCUGUCAGCUCCUCUUAACCCACUCUACCCUGUCAUCUCCUCUUAAACCCACUCUACUGUCAGCUCCUCUUAAACCCACUCUACCCUGUCAGCUCCUCUUAAACCCACUCUACCCUGUCAGCUCCUCUUAAACCCACUCUACCCUGUCAGCUCCUCUUAAACCCACUCUACCCUGUCAGCUCCUCUUAAACCCACUCUACCCUGUCAGCUCCUCUUAAACCCACUCUACUGUCAGCCCCUCUUAAACCCACUCUACUGUCAGCUCCUCUUAACCCCACUCUACCCUGUCAGUCCUCUUAAACCACUCUACCCUGUCAGCUCCUCUUAAACCCACUCUACCCUGUCAGCUCCUCUUAAACCCACUCUACUGUCAGCUCCUCUUAAACCCACUCUACUGUCAGCUCCUCUUAAACCCACUCUACCCUGUCAGCUCCUCUUAAACCCACUCUACUGUCAGCUCCUCUUAAACCCACUCUACUGUCAGCUCCUCUUAAACCCACCUAGUCACUCCCUUAAACCCACUCUACCCUGUCAGCUCUCUAAACCCUCUACUGUCAGCUCCUCUUAAACCCACUCUACCCUGUCAGCUCCUCUUAAACCCACUCUACCUGUCAGCUCCUCUUAAACCCACUCUACCCUGUCAGCUCCUCUUAAACCCACUCUACCCUGUCAGCUCCUCUUAAACCCACUCUACCCUGUCAGCUCCUCUUAACCCCAUCUCUCCUGUCGUCUCUCUUCCCUCUACCUGUCACCCUCUAAACCCACUCUUGAGAUAUUAAAAAAAAUCUUACUUCCCCAACCUCCCCACCUUCCUCCCUCUCUCUCCCUCCCUCCCUCCCUCCCUCCCACCCCCGCCUCUUCUUUAUCCUCACUGUCUCUCAUCUCACUUAGUCUCUUUCAUGUUGAGUCAAGUCUUGUCAAGCGCUGAGCUGAGGCUCUCUGUUGUUCGGUUCAUUUGAAAUAGAGCCAUAUUUCUAUAUUUUCUGCAUUUUAAUUGUCGAUAACAAAAAUAACAAUUCAAAGACAGGAAAAUGUGUCAAAUAUUCUCUUGCCAUGUAACGUUGUGUAUUACAAAAAAUGCAUUUCUUACUUGAACAGCACAGAGAGCAGUGGUAAUACAUAUAAUUGAGGGCGAUGGAGAAUCAGUUGUAAAAUCUUGGAUACAGACGCGGUACUGUAGCUCUGUCUGUUAUGUGAAUACACAUGGACAGUCUGUAUAAGAGAUAGAAAGAGAUAUAGAGAGAUGUGGCCUGGCCUGUGCUAUCUCUAUACAUGAUUUUACUUCUAUGAGACUAACCUGGGUAAAUAAAGGUUAAAUAAAUACUAUAGCAACAGUCUCCCUGUAGCUGCCAGUUCCCUGGCGUUCAUAAAACGUUUCAUAUGAAAACAGCCUGUUGUAUAUCUUCCCCGUCCCCAUGCCAGUGCCUGCGUUCACGGACAAGCCGGCAGAGCUGAAGGGCUAUUCCAUCCACACCCGUCUGUCUAAAGGGCCGCGAGGGUUCGGCUUCAACAUAGUGGGAGGCAGCAGACAGAGAGAGUUCCUCCAGGUCUACAGCGUUACACCAGGAGGAUCACCUGCUCUAAGCACAGGUAGGAUCAACACAGGUAUAUACAGAUUAACACAGGCAGGAUUAACACAGGUUCACUACCAGUCAAAUGUUUGGACACACCUACUCAUUCAAGGGUUUUUCUUUAUUUUUUACUAUUUUCUACAUUGUAGAAUAAUAGUGAAGACAUCAAAACUAUGAAAUAACACAUAUGGAAUCAUGUAGUAACCAAAAAAGUGUUAAACAAAUCCAAAUAUAUUUUAUAUUUGAGAUUCUUUAAAUAGCCACCCUUUGCCUUGAUGACAGCUUUGCACACUCUUGGCAUUCUCUCAACCAGCUUCAUGAGGUAGUCACCUGGAAUGCAUUUCAAUUAACAGGUGUGCCUCGUUAAAAGUUAAUUUUGUGGGAAUUUAUUUCCUUCUUAAUGCGUUUCAGCCAAUCAGUUGUGUUUGUGGUCAAGGUAGGGGGGGUAUACAGGAAGAUAAGCCAAGUCCAUAUUGAGGGCACAAGAAACAGUUCACAAUACAGGCAAAUGAGAAAACGACAGUCCAUCAUUAACUUUAAGACAUGAGGUCAGUCAAUACGGAACAUUUCAAGAAAUUUUGAAAGUUUCUUUCUUCAAGUGCAGUCGCAAAAAACCAUCAAGCGCUAUGAUGAAACUGGCUCUCAUGGAGGACCGCCAUGGAUGGAAGACCCAUAGUUAACCUCUGCUGCAGAGGAUACAUUUCGUUAGAGUUACCAGCCUCUACAGAACUUGCAGCCCCAAAAUAAAUGUUCACAGAGUUCAAGUCAACAGACACAUCUCAACAUCAACUUUUCGAGGGACUGUGUGAAUCAGGCCUUCAUGUCGAAUUGCUGCAAGAAAACCUAAAGGACACCAAUAAUAAGGAAGAGACUGCUUGGCCAAGAAACACGAGCAAUGGACAUUAGCCGAUGAAAUGUGUCCUUUGGUCUGUAGUCCAAAUUGGAGAUUUUUGGUUCCAAUCGCUGUGUCUUUGUGAGACGCAGUGUGGGUGAACGGAUGAUCUCCGCAUGUGUAGUUCCCACCGUAAAGCAUGGAGGAGGAGGUGUUAUGGUGUGGGGGUGCUUUGCUGGUGACACUGUCUGAUUUAUUUAGAAUUCAAGGCACACUUAACCAGCAUGGCUACCACAGCAUUCUGCAGCGAUACGCCAUCCCAUCUGGUUUGGGCUUAGUGGGACUAUAAUUUGUUUCUCAACAGGACAAUGGCCCAACACACCUCCAGGCUGUGUAAAGGCUAUUUUACCAAGAAGGAGAGUGAUGGAGUGCUGCAUCAGAUGACCUGGCCUCCCCCGACCUCAACCCAAUUGAGAUGGUUUGGGAUGAGUCGGACGGCAGAGUGUAGGAAAAGCAGCCAACAAGUGCUCAGCAUAUGUGGGAACUCCUUCAAGACUGUUGGAAAAGCAUUUCAGGUGAAGCUGAUUGAUAGAAUGCCAAAGCUGUCAUCAAGGCAAAGGGUGGCUAUUUGAUGAAUAAUCUCAAAUAUAAAAUGUAUUUGGAUUUGUUUAACACUUUUUUUGGUUAAUACAUGAUUCCAUAUGUGUUAUUUCAUAGUUUUUAUGUAUUCACUAUUAUUCUACAAUGUAAAAAAUUGUAAAAAUAAAGGACAACCCUUGAAUGAGUAGGUGUGUCCAAACUUUUGACUUGUACUGUAUAUACAGAUUAAUACAGGUACACUCAGCACAGGUAUAUACAGAUUAACACAUGUACACUCAACACAGGUAUAUACAGAUUAACAAAGGUACACUUAACACAGGUAUAUACAGAUUAACACAGGUACUCUCAACACAGGUAGCAUUAACAUGGUAUCACACUCAACACAUGUAGGAUUAAUACAGAUAUUAUUAACACAGGGAGGAUACAUUCAAGUAUGAUUAACACAGGCAUGAUUAACAGAGGCAGGAUUGACAUAGGUAGGAAAGAUUAACACAGGAACACUCAAUAACCCCUGCUGAUUUCUGUAUUAGUUAGUUAAACUGACAGAUGGCACCUAACGGAGCAAGCGAGGUGAAGAAUGUGAGAACAUCUCUGUUUAUAUUCUCUCUGCCCUAUCCUUUCAUCUCUUCUAAUAGGGCUCUCUCUCUCUCUCUCUCUCUCUCUCUCUCUCUCUCUCUCUCUCUCUCUCUCUCUCUCUCUCUCUCUCUCUCUCUCUCUCUCUCUCUCUGUCCCAGAUUUUAGUGGUUGUGAGGUUUUCUCGUGGUCAGAAUCUCCUAAUCUAUUCCUAAUCCUGCUCUACUGGGCCCAGAGAAUUUAAUCCCACUGUCACACACAAACACACACACACACACAAUCAAGCCCUCUCACGUGCUGAGGCUGUAGACAGGAAUGCACCACACACACAUGCUAUCACCUCUCACUUUAGAUAUACUACAUACUGAUCUAUAGUAGUAGAUGAUAUACUACAUACUGAUCUAUAGUAGUAGAUUAUAUACUACAUACUGAUCUAUAGUAGUAGAUGAUAUACUACAUACUGAUCUAUAGUAGUAGAUGAUAUACUACAUACUGGUCUAUAGUAGUAGAUGAUAUACUACAUACUGAUCUAUAGUAGUAGAUGGUAUACUACAUACUGAUCUAUAGUAGUAGAUGAUAUAUUACAUACUGAUCUAUAGUAGUAGAUGAUAUACUACAUACUGAUCUAUAGUAGUAGAUGAUACCGUACAUACUAAUCUAUAAUAGUAUAUUAUAUACUACAUACUAAUCUAUAGUAGUAGAUGAUAUACUACAUACUGAUAUAGUAGUAGAUUAUAUACUACAUACUGAUCUAUAGUAGUAGAUGAUAUACUACAUACUGAUAUAGUAGUAGAUUAUAUACUACAUACUGAUCUAUAGUAGUAGAUAUACUACAUACUGAUCUAUAGUAGUAGAUGAUAUACUACAUACUAAUCUAUAGUAGUAGAUGAUACCGUACAUACUAAUCUAUAAUAGUAUAUUAUAUACUACAUACUGAUCUAUAGUAGUAGAUGAUACCGUACAUACUAAUCUAUAAUAGUAUAUUAUAUACUACAUACUAAUCUAUAGUAGUAGAUGAUACUACGUACUAUAUAGUACUAUAUCUAUACAUACUGAUAUAUAGUAGAUAUACUACAUACUGAUCUAUAGUAGUAGAUGAUAUACUACAUACUAAUCUAUAGUAGUAGAUGUAUACUACAUACUGAAUCUAUAGUAGUAGAUAUACUACAUACUGAUCUAUAGUAGUAGAUGAUAUACUACAUACUGAUCUAUAGUAGUAGAUUAAUACUACAUACUAAUCUAUAGUAGUAGAUUAUACUACAUACUGAUCUAUAGUAGUAGAUGAUAUACUACAUACUGAUCUAUAGUGGUAGAUUAUAUACUACAUACUAUCUAUAGUAGUAGAUUAUAUACUACAUACUGAUCUAUAGUGUAGAUUAUAUACUACAUACUAUCUAUAGAGUAGAUGAUAUACUACAUACUUGAAUCUGUAUAGUAGGUAUGAUCUAUGUCACUACAUACUGUCUAAUAGUGGUAGAUGACCGAACUACAUGACUAGGUGCAAUUAUAUACUCAUACUGAUCUAUAGGGUAGAUUAUAUGCACUACUAGAUUAUCAGUGUAGAUGAUAACUACAUACUGACCAGGGUAGUGGGUAUCGAUUCCAUGGGCAUAUAAACAAAUACUAAGUCUAUAGUAUAGAUUGAUAUUACAAAAUGAUCUAUAAGUGUAAAUUAUAUACUACAUACUAAUCUAUAGUAGUAGAUGAUAUACUACAUACUGAUCUAUAGUGGUAGAUUAUAUACGACAUACUAUCUAUAGUAGUAGAUGAUAUACUACAUACUGAUCUAUAGUAGUAGAUAUAUACUACAUACUAAUCUAUAGUAGUAGAUAUAACUACAUACUGAUCUAUAGUAGUAAAUAUACGACAUACUGAUCUAUAGUAGUAGAUGAUAUACUACAUACUAAUCUAUAGUAGUAAUGGUAUACUACAUACUAAUAUAGUAGUAGAUAUAUACACUACAUACUGAUCUAUAGUAGUAGAGAUAUACUACAUACUGAUCUAUAGUGGUAGAUUAUAUACUACAUACUAAUCUAUAGUAGUAGAUGAUAUACUACAUACUGAUCUAUAGUUGUAGAUAUACUACAUACUGAUCUAUAGUAGUAGAUGAUAUACUACAUACUGAUCUAUAGUAGUAGAUGAUAUACUACAUACUGGUCUAUAGUAGUAGAUUAUAUACUACAUACUGAUCUAUAGUAGUAGAUGAUAUACUACAUACUGAUCUAUAGUAGUAGAUUAUAUACUACAUACUAAUCUAUAGUAGUAGAUUAUAUACUACAUACUGAUCUAUAGUAGUAGAUGAUAUACUACAUACUGAUCUAUAGUGGUAGAUUAUAUACUACAUACUGAUCUAUAGUGGUAGAUUAUAUACUACAUACUAAUCUAUAGUAGUAGAUUAUAUACUACAUACUGAUCUAUAGUGGUAGAUUAUAUACUACAUACUAAUCUAUAGUAGUAGAUUAUAUACUACAUACUGAUCUAUAGUGGUAGAUUAUAUACUACAUACUAAUCUAUAGUAGUAGAUGAUAUACUACAUACUGAUCUAUAGUAGUAGAUGAUAUACUACAUACUGAUCUAUAGUAGUAGAUGGUAUACUACAUACUGAUCUAUAGUAGUAGAUGGUAUACUACAUACUAAUAUAUAGUAGUUGAUGAUAUACUGCAUACUGAUCUAUAGUAUUAGAUUAUAUACUACAUACUAAUCUAUAGUAGUAGAUGAUAUACUACAUACUGAUCUAUAGUAGUAGAUGAUAUACUACAUACUGAUCUAUAGUAGUAGAUGAUAUACUACAUACUGAUCUAUAGUAGUAGAUGAUAUACUACAUACUAAUCUAUAGUAGUAGAUUAUACACUACAUACUGAUCUAUAGUAGUAGAUGAUAUACUACAUACUAAUAUAUAGUAGUAGAUGACAUACUACAUACUGAUCUAUAGUAGUAGAUGAUAUACUACAUACUGAUCUAUAGUGGUAGAUUAUAUACUACAUACUAAUCUAUAAUAGUAGAUGAUAUACUACAUACUGAUCUAUAGUAGUAGAUAUACUACAUACCGAUCUAUAGUAGUAGAUAUACUACAUACUGAUCUAUAGAAGUAGAUAUACUACAUACUAAUCUAUAGUAGUAGAUUAUACACUACAUACUGAUCUAUAGUAGUAGAUAUACUACAUACUGAUCUAUAGUAGUAGAUGAUAUACUACAUACUAAUCUAUAGUAGUAGAUGGUAUACUACAUACUAAUCUAUAGUAGUAUAUGAUAUACUACAUACUGAUCUAUAGUAUUAGAUGAUAUACUACAUACUGAUCUAUAGUAGUAGAUUAUAUACUACAUACUAAUCUGUAGUAGUAGAUUAUAUACUACAUACUGAUCUAUAGUAGUAGAUGAUAUACUACAUACUGAUCUAUAGUGGUAGAUUAUAUACUACAUACUGAUCUAUAGUGGUAGAUUAUAUACUACAUACUAAUCUAUAGUAGUAGAUUAUAUACUACAUACUAAUCUAUAGUGGUAGAUUAUAUACUACAUACUGAUCUAUAGUAGUAGAUUAUAUACUACAUACUAAUCUAUAGUAGUAGAUGAUAUACUACAUACUGAUCUAUAGUAGUAGAUAUACUACAUACUAAUCUAUAGUAGUAGAUUAUACACUACAUACUGAUCUAUAGUAGUAGAUAUACUACAUACUUAUCUAUAGUAGUAGAUGAUAUACUACAUACUAAUCUAUAGUAGUAGAUGGUAUACUACAUACUAAUAUAUAGUAGUAGAUGAUAUACUACAUACUGAUCUAUAGUAGUAGAUGAUAUACUACAUACUGAUCUAUAGUGGUAGAUUAUAUACUACAUACUAAUCUAUAGUAGUAGAUGAUAUACUACAUACUGAUCUAUAGUAGUAGAUAUACUACAUACUGAUCUAUAGUAGUAGAUAUACUACAUACUGAUCUAUAGUAGUAGAUGAUAUACUACAUACUGAUAUAUAGUAGUAGAUAUACUACAUACUGAUCUAUAGUAGUAGAUGAUAUACUACAUACUUGUCUAUAGUAGUAGAUGAUAUACUACAUACUGGUCUAUAGUAGUAGAUAUACUACAUACUGAUCUAUAGUAGUAGAUGAUAUACUACAUACUUAUCUAUAGUAGUAGAUGAUAUACUACAUACUGAUAUAUAGUAGUAGAUGAUAUACUACAUACUGAUAUAUAUUAGUAGAUGAUAUACUACAUACUGAUCUAUAGUAGUAGAUGAUGUACUACAUACUGAUCUAUAGUAGUAUAUUAUAUACUACAUACUGAUCUAUAGUAGUAGAUGAUGUACUACAUACUGAUCUAUAGUAGUAUAUUAUAUACUACAUACUGAUCUAUAGUAGUAGAUGAUAUACUACAUACUAAUCUAUAGUAGUAGAUGAUAUACUACAUACUAAUCUAUAGUAGUAGAUUAUAUACUACAUACUGAUAUAUAGUAGUAGAUGAUAUACUACAUACUGAUAUAUAUUAGUAGAUGAUAUACUACAUACUGAUCUAUAGUAGUAGAUGAUGUACUACAUACUGAUCUAUAGUAGUAGAUGAUAGACUACAUACUAAUCUAUAGUAGUAGAUAUACUACAUACUGAUCUAUAGUAGUAUAUUAUAUACUACAUACUGGUCUAUAGUAGUGGAUGGUAUAACACAUGGUCUCUCUCUGUUCUCCAGCUGAUAUCCUGGUCUACAUCAAUGACAGCUGUGUCCUGGGUCUGUCUCAUAAAGAGGUGGUAGAGAUGUUGCAGUCUGUCCCUGUGGGUCACAGUGUGGACGUUGUGUUACGGAGAGGCUACCCCAUGCUUUACAACCCCGACGGCUGUCCCAAACAACCCCUGACCUCCUCCGCCUCCUCCUCCUCUCCUCUGGAACCCCUCAGCGCUGCAGCCACGCCUCCCUCCACAGCCGCCGCUCAGCCCCUCUCCACCCCCGGUCCUGGCCCUGCCGAGCCCCCCCAACCCUCCCGGCCUGGCUAACCUGAAUCGUAGCCUGUCUCAUCCCAACGGAAACUAUCUCAGAGUGGCGGGAAACUCAGGGUCGGGGCUGGACGCUAACGGGAACGCGGCAGGCCUGGUCUCUGCGCCGCCCUCCUACCCGAUGUCUAACGGAACCCCUGGCAUUUCCGCCAGCUCAGCCUGUGCCCCCUCCUCCUCUCACAGCAGGGGCAUCCCCCCUCCUCCCCCGCCUGAACGAACCUCCACCUCCGCUAGCCAGAGUGACUCAGAGGAAGGAGCCUCGGGUGGAGCGACGCAGAGGUAACUAACCCUAACUAAAUAUCUAACUAACUAACUAACUAAACCUAACUGGGUUGUUUUCAAACCUCUCCUCAUGUUUCACCAUGUUGUUGUAGCUGAAUCAUUGAGAGCAUCCUGACUGGUUGCAUCACCGCCUGGUAUGUUAACUGCUCGGCCUCCGACCGCAAGGCCCUACAGAGGGUAGUGCGUACAGCCCAGUACAUCACUGGGGCCGAGCUUCCUGCCAUCCAGGACCUCUAUACCAGGUGGUGUCAGAGGAAGGCCCUAAAAAUUGUCAAAGACUCCAGCCACCCUAGUCAGACUGUUCUCUCUGCUACCGCACGGCAAGCGGUACCGGAGCGCCAAGUCUAGGUCCAAAAGGCUCCUUAACAGCUUCUACCCCCAAGCAAUAAGACUGCUGAACAGUUAAUCAAAUGGCUACCCGGACUAUUUGCAUUGACACCCCCUUUUUUUUCGGCUGCUGCUACUUGCUUAUUAUUAUCUAUGCAUAGUCACUUUACCCCUACCUACAUGUACAUACAGUGGCUUGCGAAAGUAUUCACCCCCCUUGGCAUUUUUCCAAUUUUGUUGCCUUACAACCUGGAAUUAAAAUUGAUUUUUGGGGGGUUUGUAUCAUUUGAUUUACACAACAUGUCUACCACUUUGAAGAUGUACAAUUUUUGGGGGGUGAAAUAAACAAGAAAUAAAACAAAAAAAACUAUAAACUUGAGUGUGCAUAACUAUUCAUAUUCAAAGUCAAUAUUUUGUAGAGCCACCUUUUGCAGCAAUUACAGCUGCAAGUCUCUUGGGGUAUGUCUCUAUAAACCUGGCACAUCUAGCCACUGGGAUUUUUGCCCAUUCUUCAAGGCAAAACUGCUCCAGCUCCUUCAAGUUGGAUGGGUUCCGCUGGUGUACAGCAAUCUUUAAGUCAUGCCACAGAUUCUCAAUUGGAUUGAGGUCUGGAGGUCUGGGCUUUGACUAGGCCAUUCCUAGACAUUUAAAUGUUUCCCCUUAAACCACUUGAGUGUUGCUUUAGCAGUAUGCUUAGGGUCAUUGUCCUGCUGGAAGGUGAACCUCCGUCCCAGUCUCAAAUCUCUGGAAGACUGAAACAUGUUUCCCUCAAGAAUUUCCCUGUAUUUAGCGGCAUCAAUCAUUCCUUCAAUUCUGACCAGUUUCCCAGUCCCUGCCAAUGAAAAACAUCCCCACAGCAUGAUGCUGCCACCACCAUGCUUCACUGUGGGGAUGGUGUUCUCGGGGUGAUGAGGUGUUGGGUUUGCACCAGACAUAGCGUUUUCCUUGAUGGCCAAAAAGCUUAAUUUUAGUCUCAUCUGACCAGAGUACCUUCUUCCAUAUGUUUGGGGAGUCUCCCACAUGUCUUUUGGCGAACACCAAACGUGUUUGCUUCUUUUUUUCUUUAAGCAAUGGAUUUUUUCUGGCCACUCUUCCGUAAAGCCCAGCUCUGUGGAGUGUACGGCUUAAAGUAUUCCUAUAGACAGAUACUCCAAUCUCCGCUGUGGAGCUUUGCAGCUCCUUCAGAGUUAUCUUUGGUCUCUUUGUUGACUCUCUGAUUAAUCCCCUCCUUGCCUGGUCCGUGAGUUUUGGUGGGCGGCCCUCUCUUGGCAGGUUUGUUGUGGUGCUAUAUUCUUUCCAUUUUUUAAUAAUGGAUUUAAUGGUCCUCCGUGGGAUGUUCAAUGUUUCUGAUAUUUUUUUAUAACACAACCCUGAUCUGUACUUCUCCACAACUUUGUCCCUGACCUGUUUGGAGAGCUCCUUGGUCUUCAUGGUGACGCUUGCUUGGUGGUGACCCUUGCUUAGUGGUGUUGCAGACUCUGGGGCCUUUCAGAACAGGUGUAUAUAUACUAAGAAAAUGUCACAGAUCAUGUGACACUUAGAUUGCACACAGAUUUAACUAAUUAUGUGACUUCUGAAGGUAAUUGGUUGCACCAGAUCUUAUUUAGGGCCUUCAUAGCAAAGGGGGUGAAUACAUAUGCACACACCAAUUUUCCGUUAUUUAUUUUUUAUACUUUUUUGAAACAAGUUCUUUUUUUCAUUUCACUUCACCAAUUUUGACUAUUCUGUGUAUGUCCAUUACAUGAACUCCAAAUAAAAAAUCAAUUUAAAUUAUAGGUUGUAAUGCGACAAAAUAGGAAAAACGCCAAGGGGGAUGAAUACUUUUGCAAGGCACUGUAUUAUCUCAAUUACCUCGACUAAGCUGUACCCCGGCAAAUUGACUCAGAGACUGAUUUUUGUUGGUGAUCAAAAUGAAGACAUGAAGUGCAACAGAGGACUGGCCACCCCUCAGAGCCUGGUUCCUCUAUAGGUGUCUUCCCAGGUUCCUGCCUUUCUAGGGAGUUUUUUCCUAGCCACCGUGCUUCUGCCUCUGCAUUGCAUGCUGGGUGUCUGUGAAGCACUUUGCGACAACUGCUGAUGUGAAAAGGGCUUUAUGAAAUACAUUUGAUGGGAUUGAUUGAUCUACAAGCCAGGGUCACAGUUCUUAGUUUCCUCUGUGUGUGUCAGACUGGGACAGAAUAUCAUCUAACUAACAUUAUCACCUGUCUCCCUCCUCUUCCUCGCUGUCUUCUUCCCUCUUCCACCCCUUCUUCCUCCUCUUCUCCCUCCUCUUCCUCAUCUUCUCCCUCCUCUUCCUCGCUGUCUUCUUCCCUCUCAGAUGGUCUCUGAUGCGCUACAACGGUAACUCCCUCCCCACCCCCUCCUCCAUGGUCCAGCACCAGAGGGACCUCUCCACCUCCACCCUGCCCAUCUCCCUCUCCAAGCUGCCCCCGACCCAGCCGGAGGUGGGCACCGCCACCACCCCUGGAGACCCCUGCCAGCGGCCCCCCAUGCCCCAGACCUCCCUCAUGCUCCCCCUGCCCACGGAGGUCCCCACCUGCGGCUUCAACGGAUGCCCAGCCAACACCCACCCCCAUGGGGGCCACAGCGCUGCCAGCGAGGGGGUAACUGGUGGGGCUGGAGGUGGGGAGCUGGUCCCUGUGCCCCUGGGGAGGAGUGAGGGGGGUGGGAUGGGGUUCAGUGUGACGGCUGGGGGGCAGGGGGGGCAGCUGGCCCUGGUGAAGAGGGUAUGGGACAGAAGGCAGUGCUCCUCCCUGCAGCCAGGGGAUGCUAUAGUCAAGAUCAACGGAGCCGACGUGCAGAGCCUCAGCUUCUCUCAGGUACGACCGGCUUUGGAGACUGCUCUACAUCUAAAGGCUAAGAUUUGGGUUGGUUCUGAGGUUGAUUGUCGUUUAUUGCAACAACGCUCAAUAGUAAUCAUCAAUAGUUAUCAAGUGAUCAUCACUCUCUGGAGUAAGAACAUUCGGACAAUGUUGAGUAAUGUUAAUGACAUGUACACCGACACAGAUAGUACUUACAGACACAUAUACAUGAGAGGUUUUUUCUAAACGUUUUAUUGAAUGUCGCUACAUGUUUAUUUGAAAAAGGCAUCCCUUUCCGGGGACCUUUGAAAACACAGUGUGAGAUGUAAAUUAAUGUUAGCCAAUUUUUGACCUAUUUUAAUGUUGCCCUAUUUUAACAUUGACCUGGUUUAACAUUGACCUCUGCUGAACAUUGAAGGUCCAGAGGGUCCUCCAGAAACACACCAAGCAGGGAGAAGUAGUGCUGUUGGUUAACAGAGGAGGUAGGUAAGACCAUUAACCUGGAUAACCUGUAUAAAUACUACUAGUACUACUACUACCACAAAUACACUGUAUUUACCUGUAUAACCUGUAUAAAUACUACUAGUACUACUACUACCACAAAUACACUGUAUUUACCUGUAUAACCUGUAUAAAUACUACCUAGUACUACUACUACCACAAAUACACUGUAUUUAGCUAUAAAACCUGUAUAAGUACUACUAGUACUACUACUUCCACAAGUACACUGUAUUUACCUGUAUCACCUUUUUUAUAAAUACUACCUAGUACUACUACUACCCACAACUACACGUCAUUUACCUGUAUAAACCUGUAUAUAAAUAACUACCUAAGUACUACUUACUACCAUCAAAAUACAGUUAUUUACCUGUAUAAACCUGUCUUAUAAAUACUACUAGUACUACUACUACCACAAAUACACUGUAUUUUUACCUUGUAUAAACCUGUAUAAAUACUACUAGUUACUACUUAUAACCACAAAUACCACUGGUAGUUACCUUAUAAACCUGUAUAUAAUGACUACUAGUACUUACUACUUCCACAUCUAGCCUACACUGUAUUUAGCUAUAAACCUGUAUACAUUACUACUAGUACGACUACUUCCACAAGUACACUUAUUUACCUGUCAUAUCCCCAAAAAUCACUGUAUUAACCUUAAAACCCUGAUAAAUUUAAAUGGGACUCUACUACCAAAAAAUCCCAUGUAUUUAGCUAAAAACCUUAUAAAAUCUAGUACAAAACCUACCCAAAUACCUGUUUUCCCGAAAACCUGAAAAUACUAUAGUAUACAUUUCCCACAAAUAAUUUUUUUUACUAUAUAACAUGUAAAAUGCACAGUAAACUAUACCACAAAUACACGUUUUUACCUAAAAAAAUACUAAUAAAGUAUCGUUGCUAGCUGGUUUUGGAGUACCCUCUCGGUUUCUUAAUGUUUAAAUACUUUUCAGUAACAUGUAACUUCGUACUUUAGGUUUUAAACCCACUUUAGCUUUCCCCGGGUUUACUACGUGGGGGUUUCCCCUCAGAAAAAGGGGGGUUUGGGGUUCAUAUGACAUUCUUAUAGGAAAUUGAGCGGGAGGAAAAGGGGGAGGGGGGGGCAAAGGAGAGAGAGAGAAAAAAGGGCAGAAGAGAGGGGAAAAAAGGAAGGGGAGAAGGGAGAAGAGAGGGGAAAAAAGGAAAAGAAGAGAGAGAGGAGGGGGAGAGAGGAAAAAGAGGAGGGAGAAAGAGAGGGGGAAAAAAAGAGAAGAAAGAAGACAAGAGAAAAAAAAAGAGGAGAAAAAAGAGAAGAAGGGGAAAAAAGGGGAAAAAGGAAAGGGGAAAAAAAAGGCAGGGGGGGGAAAAAACGGGAGAACGGGAAAAAAAGGGGAAAAAAAAAGGGGAAAGGGUAAAAAGGAAAAAAGGGGGGAAAGAAAAGGAGGAAAAAGAGAGAAAGGGGGGGAAAAAAGGAAAAAGGGGGAAAAGGGAGAGGGGAAAAAAAAAAAAAAGAGAAAAGGGAAGGAGAAAGAAGAGAGAGAAAGAGAGAGAGAAAAAGGGGGGGGAGCCAGGGGGGAAAAAAGGGGGGUAAAAAAAAAAAAAGGGGGGAAACCCCCCCCCCCCCCAAAAACCCCUUUCUUCUCUCCCCCUUUCUUCUCUCAUCUCCUCUCUCUCCUCUAUCUCUCUUCUCAGGGUCCAUCUUCUCUACGUCUCUACCCUCUACAAGCCCCUCCCCUCUCCCCUGGGCCCCUCCUCCUCCCAUGGCCUCCCCUCCCCAUCCGACCAGCCUGCCUCCUCCUCCACCUCAGAUGCCUUGGUGCCCCUGCACCUCCCCCACAGCCCCCCCAGCCACAGUGGCCUCUCCCCAGCCUCGCCCUCCACAGACCUCCCCUCCCUGGUCCAGAGCACAAGCUUCCUGGACUCAGUCCCUGUAACCCUCACCCUGGAACCCAGGGACUGGCUUGGGGUGGACGACGGUGUGUGGGGCCCUGGGUGUGUCGAGGCCCCCUGGAGGUGGGAGAGGAGGAGCAGGACUGGGGGCUGUGGCCAAGGGCCAGGUGGACAGACGAGGGGGAGGGGCCAUGCUAGGGGUCAGGGGUCAGGAGGUGGAGCUACGGAGACGGCCGGGGGAAGGGUUCGGCUUCGUCAUCGCCUCAAAGGACCUGGCCAAUGGGGGUGAGUCAUUUAUUGUCUAUCUAUAACCCAGUGCUGAUAUAGGAUCAGAUUCCCCCACUUGUCCACGUAGUUUUAUUAAUUAUGAUAUAAAAGGGCAAAACUGAUCCUAGAUCAGUACUCCUACUCUGAGGUGCUUUAUGAAUAUGAGGCCUGGUUAUUAAGAUACUUCCUUUGUUGUGUUAUAUGAUGUUCUCCCCAUCCCUUUCUAA